AUGUCAUCGACAGCCACGCAGCGUACGUUGCUGCUUGCGCUGAGCGGUGUCUCGCUAGCAGCUCUAUUCAUAUGGUAUUUACGAUCGAAGAAAGGACGUUCAUCGCGACGAGAUGCAUCCAUAGAGGAUGUCAAGCGAAGCACUAGGACAGAGAUUAUUGACAGCUUUACGGAGCGGUCAAUACCCCGCCAUCAGCUGUCGAAUAACGAAAAUCGAAUUAUAAAGACACAAGCUAUUUUGGAACCAUCGCAGCCGUGCGGUGUUGUGUCCAAAACGCCAAACGGCAGUGUCUUACCUGCCAUGACAACUGCACUAGAAAGUGAGCCAGUGUCGAACAUUGACUCAUCAUCGACUCCUCUAAUCAAUGGAAUUGUAAAUGGUCUCCUAGAGGGGUCUCCUAAAGCCUUUGACGAAACAGGCGAUGAGCAACAAUUGAAUCAAAAAGAAGCAGAUAACUCUGCAGUGAACGAAAUCAAAGAAGAAGAACAGGUUUGUAAAAAGGCCGUAGACCUCCAACUGGUGCUGGACGUUUCACACCAGCCCGAGCCGGAGGUGUUUUCGUGGUCAGACGAAAUGGAAAGGAGUUACGUGGAGUCAUGCAAAAAAGACGAAGAAGAACAACGACAGCAAGAGGCGGCUGCUGCUAAUGGAAGUUCUGGAGAUUAUGCAACUAGUGACUCUCCCGGAUUAGCAAGUCAAAAUUCU